AUGGCAGCUGUCAAUGAUGGCCACAAGGCGUGCACCUUCUGCCGCCGCGAGCUGCCAGCUAGCGAGCUGAAGGAUCACGGCAGGCGCGUCCUUUGCCCCAGCUGCAACACGGUCGAAACCAUGUUGCGGCGCAAUCUGGACGGAAAGCCGGAGCACAUGCCAUCCGUUGAUGAUGCGGAGUCGGUCAAGUUCUUCGCGCACUUGGCGGAGCAGCGCCAAGCGUGCGGCGGUCGGCUGAAUUGGACCACUGUUCGCGCUGGCCUGAUCACUGCAAUCAGCGACAAAAUCAUCGAGAGCCACACCACGGCAGUCGGAGGCGUGUUCAAGCCGAAGUCUGUGUGGGAAAGAAAAGGCUACACGACGCAGCAGAUCGAAGAGUCCCCACACGAAUGGGACCCUAUCCUGGGAGACACGUACGCGGUGAUGCUGAAGUCCGUGUGCCGACAGACAACCGUGCAGAACGUGACGAGCGCUGUGCUCGAACACGAAAAGCGAGCCACCGCCAAAAAGAACAAAAAGCCCAAGGGCGGAGCUCCUGCAGAUGAAGAGGCCUUGGAUCUCGAUCUCCCUCUGCCCCCGAAGGCUGAGUGCAAUAGCACGAAGUCUGUCACAGCGGAGCACAAGCGACAGGCGCAAGUGGCUAAAAAAGUCGCGAGCCAAAACACCAAAGCCGCAGCGCUGGCUGCGAAAGCCGUGAGCUGCCUCCACCCGGUUUGCGCCGCGCUGGAGAAGUCUUUGGCCUGCGUGGCCAAGCGUCCCUCGGACGCAAGUCGGUCUGGUCUUGAGCAAGCGUUGACCGACAGCAAGGCAAAGCUUACAUGCUGGCUGGCUGCCUGCCGGGAUCUUCUGGUACAGCACGAGCAGGAGAAGCCAUCCCAGGAGCCACAGGCGCUCGCCUCGCUUCCCUUCACGGCCGAUGAUCUCAAGCCCGCUUUGGCUUGUGCGCGAGAGGUGCUCAAGUCUGUUAAAGUCAGUGCGCCGGCACGCAAGCGGGCGGCGCCCGAGCAGGGGGAUGGCCCUGCAGACGUGUCGGCGCAGCCGAAUGCCGCAAGCCAGUUCCACACGCUGCGCCAGAUUCCAUCCAUCGGCCCGGCUCAGUGUCGCCAGAUCGUUGCGGUGCUGGACGCGGAUGGGCGGGGCACACGCGUGCAGCAACGACGUGAUGAGGUGCAUGGCGAGGUGAUGGAGCACCUUCAGGUCAUGGACCUGCCGGCCAAGGAUCCCGCAUCCAAAGUCCAAGUCAGCUACAUGUCUGUAGCCGGCGUGCUGCAGGCUAAGUGCAACGCUUGUCCACUGUUCCAUGACUGCCUCCGCGCAAUAGCCCAGCAAAGGGACAACCAGCUGACGCUGGUGGUGUACCUGGACGAAUGCACGCCUGGGAAUGUGCUCUCUCCCGACAAUGCUCGGAAAUCCAACCUUACGUACUGGACCAUCCUCCAACUGCCGCAUAUUUACCUUGAGGACACUUGGCUCACCUUGUCCGUGAGCCGGACGUCAGAAAUCAGUGCUUUGCGGCAUGGCAUGGUCACUCUCGCUGCGGCGCUACUGCGAGCUGUGCGGGCGGAGACAGUCAGCGGUGUCCCGGUGGAGCUUUCUGGCUCGGCGGAGCUCCUGUUUUUCGACCGCGUGCUUCUUCUCGCAGACCACGAAGGCCUGCGCGCUGCCACUGGCUGCAAAGGAUCUUCGGGUAUGAAGCCAUGCCUGAAGUGUGCCAAUGUUAUGAACACUGGCUACGGCAACGUCCGAUGGCACGUGACAGUGGCCGAGCCAGACAUAACAAGCUUCGUGCCACAGACUCAAAACAGCCUCCGCGCUGCGAUUGACCACCUGUCAACCAUGCCUACGAAAACUUCCCUCGGCGAGGCCGAAAAGCUCCUGGGCUGGAAGCUGGAAGAAGCUUCUGCCUCUUUUCUUCUUGCUCCCGACAUGCAAGAAUGGUGCGAGCUAGAUUCCUGCACGUUUGACGCAAUGCACGCGCUUUGGUCCAACGGCAUAGUGGGGCAAGAGCUGGGCUACUGGUACACAGCCCUGCGCCGCAAGGCUAACCUCAGCCUCACAGACAUGCGGCGCUACGUAGAGCUAGGCUGGCAUGGAGUCGGGCGGGCGCGGGGCAUAAACCUCUUGAGUCUGUUCACAGUCCACCUUUGGAGGGAGGGGGCCGACUUUCGAGGAGAUGCGGGCCAAGCGCUGUUUGUGCUUUCCAUUUGUGUGCAGUUUAGCGAAGACAUUGCCAUUGGCCUCUGCGCAGACAUGCGCCGGGAGCACUCCUCUCUUGAAGCGUUGCACCGCGUGUGCUUGUGCGUCCUCGAAACGAAGCGCGACACUGCCCAUGGCUCUCAUCUGGCUCGGCUGCAAGCUGAGCACAUCAGAAGCUUUGCGGCUGUCUACGGCGCUGAUAAGGUCCGGCCCAAGCUGCAUUAUUCCUUGCACCUGCAGCAGCAGUGCUGGAAGUGGGGUCGCUUGGUUGACUGCUUCACUUGUGAGAGAAAGCACCGCGCUUUCAAACGUGUCGCAAGAAGGCAACAAAUGCUAGCACGCUUUUCCCAGCAGUGCUUGCUCGAGUUAGCAAGCGCUGAACUCCGCUCCAAGCAGCCAGCCAAGAGGCUUCUGUGGCGCCUGGACGGUCGGACGACUGAGAACGUGGACGUCGGCACUGCGCUGGGCGCCACUGCUCCAGCCACCCUGGCCCCGCGAGCUCUUGGCCCAGACACAAUCUCAAGAGGGGAUGUUUUGAUCCCCUCCCCUGCGGAAGCCUUUGAAGUGCUCGGGGUAACCUCCGUGGACUCGCGCAUCCUUCUGCUGAUCCACGUCUUGGAACCAGCAGCUGUUCCAGAGGGCAUGGUGGUGCCUGUGAAGAACGUGCUGAUGACGGCCGUUCGGAUGCUGUACUACUACCACGACUCUACACUGGCCAGCGCUAGGCACUUCUGCUUGCGGGAGCUGAGUGGCUGCGUGUGGUGGCUGAACCCAGCUGCAGUUGCAGCGGAAGACAGCGGCGAGCCAGAGAUGAAAAGAGAAAAGGCUGCUGGGCAACAGGCUGCAAGCAACAAGGUCAAAGCUUGCGGCGACAAUCAGCGACGCGAUCGAGAGGAAGCUGAUUCUGAGAAUGCUGCGCAGCUGAAGGCGCCGCCAGAAAGGCGCCGGAAGAGAUCGCCGUGCUCUGGGCAGCCGCGCGCAAAGGCGAGACAGCUCAAGCUCGGCCAGCGGAGUCUGGCAGGCGUUGCCGAUGAUGAGCUUUGCGAGGCUGACACUGGGGAUGAGCAGUCCACGCCUUGCGCUGCUGCUCUUGUUGCCACAGGUGUUGAUGAGGACUUUCGUGUGGCAACUUCUUGCCCGUGGCAGAAGAUUGCUCCUGGAGCGCUGUGGCCCGUCAACUUCUUUGUGCAGAUCCCCUGCAUCGCUGCUCUGCAACCGAGGGCUUGCGCAUGCUGA